GCAGAGCCGGGCCAGAGAAGGUGCUCAGUGAAGAUUGGUAGAUUUAAAGAGAAAGAGAUGAGGAAACUUAUCUGCAAUAUCUGAAGGCCACUCCAUGACUUCAGCGUGGAGUUGGCCAUACCCUUGGAUCCUUUCCUACUGAUUCAGGGUCAUAGGGCCUUGGCUCACUCCAACUGUUCUAGGGAGGAGCCCUGGAAGGGGGAGCGGAGAAGUUACUAUUCAUUGAUAUUAAGCUUUCCAUUUGUUACAUGACAACCCUGAGAAGCCUACAGCUUUCCUCUAUUUGGGAGGCAAAGAGACUGAGAAGGGAGAAAGGCCUGUUCCAGUUCUCUACCUACGAUCUUGUCAGCUGCUCUCUGGGCCUCCAGCUUCUCACCUGUAAAACCGGGGCAAGGGUAGCUGUGCCAGAACAGUCAACCAGAACUUUCUCCGCAGUGGCCACCAGCCCAAGGGCAAGGUCCCUUUCUCCUCUCAUCUCCGCUCUGACCCCAAGCUCGGAGGACUGGGGGACUGGCUCGCAGGCGGGUGCCCAGCUGCUUCUCAGAUUUCGAAGAGCGCCUUGAGGCCAGGGAAGAGAGCAAGUCUUGCCAGCCUGGGGCAGGGACUGGGAGCUCUCGCACGGCGCUGACGCUGACGCAGCUGAGCGGGCGCUACUGCCUGGUCCCCUCCCCCCUCGGUGGGUGGGGGAUGGGCGAUCAGCUCCUCGAGGGUGAGCCCCAGCCUGGGGCUUCCUAUUUCGGGAGCUGGGGGCGUGGGCCACACGUCUCAUCAUGUGAUGCGAGGGCUAUUUAAAGCCGCAGCGCCGGCAGGGAGCCGCCAGUCCGGAGUCUUUGCACGCCUGCUCUCUCAGCUGCUCUCUCAGCCUAGCCCAGCAUCACCAUGGUGGACGCCUUCCUGGGCACCUGGAAACUAGUGGACAGCAAGAAUUUCGAUGACUACAUGAAGUCAAUCGCCCAUAUACUCAUAACUUUUCACCUGCCCUCAGGGGUGGGUUUUGCUACCAGACAGGUGGCCAACAUGACCAAGCCUACCACAAUCAUCGAAAAGAAUGGGGACACUAUCAUCCUAAAGACACAGAGCACCUUCAAGAACACAGAGAUCAGCUUUAAGCUAGGGGUGGAGUUCGACGAGACAACAGCAGAUGACAGGAAGGUCAAGUCCACUGUGACACUGGAUGGAGGCAAACUUGUUCACGUGCAGAAGUGGAAUGGGCAAGAGACAACACUUGUGCGGGAGCUAAGUGAUGGGAAACUUAUCCUGACGCUCACCCACGGCAGCGUAGUUUGCACUCGUACUUACGAGAAAGAGGCAUGACCGGCCUGUGCCUUCGCUGACUGCUCCUCUGCCAAUCGGCUGACCCUCGACUCAGAACCACAUUGCCUCAUUUUUCCCUCUGCAUUUUGUAUAAAUCUGUCUUGGUUGAGGGAUUCUUCUGGGGUCAGGUGCCACCAUCCUGGAUUCAGUUCCUGUUCCCACUGUGUGUGUGGCUUUUUUUUUUAAAAAAGACUGUACUCAAAGGGUGCUCUGAGGUCAAUAAAACAGAGCCAAGGGCAUCCACUUUGGCCUUUGGUGACAUAACUC